CAGUCACCAAGGAAGGAACCUCCCUACCCAGGCUGGGCCUGCCAGGACGACACUCCCCUUCCGCAUACUAUAAGGGCUGCAGCUGGCCCUGGGCGCUUCCUAGAACUGCAGCAGCUGGUACUGCUACGCUACAGCCCUCACCAUGGAGCAGUUGAGCACAGCCAACACCCUCUUUGCCUUGGAGCUGUUUCGCACCCUGACGGAAAACAACUCCACGGGGAACAUCUUCAUCUCACCCUUCAGCAUUUCCUCUGCCUUGGCCAUGGUCUUUCUGGGGACCAAAGGUGACACUGCAGCCCAGCUCUCUAAGGCCUUUCAUUUUGAUGCUGUUGAGGAUGUUCAUUCAGGAUUUCAAAGCCUGAAUGCUGAAGUGAGCAAGCGUGGGGCUUCCCACACUCUGAAACUUGCUAACAGACUGUAUGGAGAGAAAACCUACGAUUUCCUUCCCGAGUUCUUGGCUUCAACUCAGAAAAUGUAUGGUGCUGACCUGGCCCCGGUGGAUUUUCAGCAUGCCUCUGACGAUGCAAGGAAGGCCAUAAACAAGUGGGUCAAAGAUCAAACUGAAGGGAAAAUUCCAGAACUGUUAGCUGCGGGUGUGGUUGACAGUAUGACCAAACUUGUGCUGGUGAAUGCCAUCUACUUCAAGGGAAUGUGGAAGGAUAAAUUCAGGAAGCAGGACACAGCCGAUGCUCCAUUCCGACUGAAUAAGAAAGACACAAAAACAGUGAAGAUGAUGUAUCAAAAGAAAAAACUUCCACUCGGGUACAUUCAGGAUCUGAACUGCAAGGUGCUGGAGCUGCCAUACCAGGGGGAAGAACUUAGCAUGGUCAUUCUGUUGCCUGAAGACAUCGAGGAUGAGUUCACUGGUCUUAAGAAGAUUGAGGAGCAAUUGACUUUGGAAAAGCUUCAUGAGUGGACCAAGCGUGAGAACUUGGAAAACAUUGAUGUCCAUGUCAAAUUGCCCAGAUUCAAGCUGGAAGAGAGCUACACACUCAACUCCAACCUCAGCAGCCUGGGAGUGCAGGAUCUCUUUAGCCGUGGCAAGGCUGAUCUGUCUGGCAUGUCAGGAUCCAAAGAUCUUUUCAUAUCAAAAAUCAUCCAUAAGUCCUUCGUGGAAGUGAAUGAGGAGGGAACAGAGGCAGCAGCCGCCACAGCAGGCAUCGCUACGUUCGCCAUGCUGUUGCCUGAGGAAGAAUUCACAGUGGAUCACCCAUUCCUCUUCUUCAUUCGGCACAAUCCCACAGCUAACGUGCUCUUCCUCGGCAGAGUUUGUUCCCCAUAGAAGAGACUUUAGAGGUACAAGGCAGAGCUUAGAGUUUUAUUCCCUGAGAUUUCAAUGAAGAUAAUUUCCAUUUGCCCUUGCCAAUUAAAUGUCUACCCAGAAACUAAU